AUGGAAAGCAAGAGGACUGUCGGAAUUAUAAGAGAGGAAAAAAAUAAAUGGGAGAGAAGAUGUGCUCUCACCCCUAAUGAAGUCAAGUAAUUGGUUGAAGAUGGCAUUAGAGUUGUUGUUCAAACAUCACCUAAUAGAUGCUACUCAGAUGAGGAAUUUAUUGAGGUUGGGGCCAUUGUUUAGGAAGAUCUCUCAGAAUGCAAUGUUAUCUUUGGAGUCAAGGAAGUACCGAUUGACAACCUUCAAGAGAAUAAAACUUACCUAUUCUUCUCUCAUACUAUCAAGGCUUAAGAAUAUAACAUGCCAUUACUAGAUGCUAUGCUUUCAAAAAAGAUCAGAUAAAUCGAUUACGAAUGUAUCAGAGAGAAUAAGGACUUAAAUCCUUAAAGAUUGGUUGCAUUUGGUAGAUAUGCUGGUAUUGCUGGUGCUUUCGAUUUCUUCAGAGGAAUCGGAGAAUUCUUAUUACAAAAGAAACUAUAGACCCCAUUUAUCUUUCUUGGAAGUACUUAUAUGUAUGAAGACUACGAAUCAAUGAGUGAUGCCCUUAAAAGAGCAAGUAAAAAUAUUGCCAAGAAUGGAACUCCUAAAUAAUAUUCACCAAUGGUGUUUGCAGUCACUGGUACUGGAAGAGUUGCUUAGGGGAUCAUAGAAGUAUUAGAACAACUUCCUCAUGUAUUUGUAGAUCCAGAUGAACUAAAAGAUGUUAGCACUAAGUAUGAUAACAAAAAGAUAAUAAUCAGUCAAUUUACUGGGAAACAUCUGGUAAGACACAAAGAUGGUAAAGAAUUCGAUAAAUGUGAUUAUUACACUCAUCCUAAUCAAUAUGAAUCAAAGUUUAAUGAUUACUUGCCAUUCGUCCACUUUAUUAUCAAUGGUAUCUAUUGGGAAGCAAAGUACCCUCGUAUUCUAUCAAUUGAGGAAUUAAGAGAAGCAGUACUCGAAAAAAGAUCAGCCUUAUUAGGAGUCUGUGAUAUUUCUGCUGAUUACAUGGGAUCAAUUGAGUUUACUACUUAAUUUACAUCAAUUGAAAAUCCAUUCCUUCUCUACGAUCCAGUUAAGGAAGAGUUUUUCAAUACUAUGAAUGAGGCAAAUGACAAUACCAUUCUUUUUCAUUCAGUAGAUCAUCUCCCAGCUGAGAUGCCUAAAGAAGCAAGUAAUCAUUUCGGUGAGAAAUUAAUGCCAUUUGUGAAGGCUAUCGUAAAUUCUGAUCCCACCUUACCUUUUGAUCAAUAAGAAGAUCUUCCAGGAGAAAUUAAGAAAGCUGUUAUUUGUUGCCAUGGUGAAUUGACACCAAGUUAUCUUUAUAUCGAGGAGCUUAGAAGAAUCAGACAAUAGGCAAAGAAGCAUUAAGAAGACUAUAUGAAUAAAGUUAAGGAGGCAGAGAGAAAGACUAGUAGUUUGAGAAGAGGAAUGAAGUUUGCUACUGUUGUAUUCUAGGGUCAUUUAUUUGAUACUAAAUUCUUCAAUAAGCUAAUUGAUAUUCUAGAAGAAAAUAAUAUCGAUUUCAGAGUUAUUGAGUGGGAAGUAGGAAAUCAAUCUAUUAAAACAUCAUAAGUUACUCUACAACUAUUCGCUUAAAGCACAGAGUCGAUGGAUAUCAGCAAAGAUAAGAUUGAAAAAUUAGCAGCUAUACAUAAAAUUGAAAUCUUUGAAGGAACUGGUCCAGCAUUCGAAGGAAAUGUCCCAAAGGAUAUCCAUGCCGAUAGAGUUUUAUGA